AUGGAGAAAAACGCAGCGGCGCCUGAAAAGUCCGUCAGUUUUCCAAGACAUUCGAGCAAGAAGAACAUCCUCUUUUCGAGUCCAAUCACACCAAGACGCUACGAAACCAUUGAUGAAGAAGCUCCACCCGAAUCCCAAGACCCAGAUCAAGACCCCAACUCCUCCAAUCAAAUAGCCACCGAAUUCCGCCUAUCCGAGGUUCUGGAAGAAGUCGAUCGCUUCUUGGCCUCUUUCUCCGAAGCCAAAGAAAAUGGCAACAGUGACCUGACGGAGGAGCUGGAGGUCCCUGACUCCGUUGAGUCGCUAUCCAAAACUGUCGAGUCCAUGAUAAACAAAUAUGGCCGCAACCUCGCUAGGUUUGGGGAGAACGAAGACGACGAUGAAUCGUUCAUCAACGCCGUGAUCUGCAUUUCCAGAAUUUCAACAAUGUUGGACGAUUUCUCUUCCAGUUCCAAAACCAAUGCGACCUUGAACCGGAGCAGCACAGUCCUGCAACGUGCCAUGGCCUUAUUGGAUGAGGAGUUCCGUAACCUCCUCCUCCUUGAUCAGCAAGAUGCAAAUGCUACCAAAUCGGAUUAUAAUUUGGAGCAGAGCUUCUCCAGCAAGAUCACCUCCAAGCUCUCCUCUUUCAAUAGCAACAGCAGCAGCUCCAGUCACGAUUCGGUUCGGGGACAGCAACCACAACCCGAACCAGACCGCCUUGAUGAGUUUCCUUCCUUCUCCGAGGAGAGCAUCUCCACCAUGAACAAAAUCGCCACCACCAUGAUCACCGCUGGCUACGAGAACGAGUGUUGCAUGGUCUACAGCAUCUCGCGACGCAACACCUUCAAAUCAGCGCUCAAUGAUAUCGGCUACGAAAGCAUCAGCAUCGACGAGGUCCAGAGAAUGCCGUGGGAGUCCCUCCAGGCAGAGAUCGCCACGUGGAUCAGCGUCGUCAAGCUCUGCUCCUCCAUCCUCUUCUCCCGCGAGCGGAAGCUCUGCGACGCCGUGUUCUCCGGCCAUAAAUCCCUAUCCGAGUCCCUAUUCUGCAACCUCGCCCGCGCCGUCGCAAUCCAACUUUUCAACUUCGCCGACGCCGUCGUCCUGACGAAGCGGUCGCCGGAAAAGCUCUUCACAAUGCUCGACAUGUACGAGACGCUACGGGAUCUGGUCCCGGCGAUCCGAGACUCGUACCCAGAGGACAUCGGGAAAGAGCUGAUCUCGGAGGCGGAGGCGGCUAGGAACCGCCUUGGCGAGGUAGCCGUGAGUAUCUUAUGCGAUCUCGAAAACUCGAUCAAGAGCGACAACGGAAAAACUCCGGUGCCGAGUGGCGCAGUGCACCCCUUGACGCGCUACGUCAUGAACUAUCUAAAAUACACCUGUGAGUACAAGGACUCGCUAGAGCAAGUGUUCGUGGAAUUCGAAAAGACGCACGGGACCCCCGGAACGACGUCGUCCCCUUUCCAAUGCAGUUACUUACGGCUGUACAGGGACCCGGCGCUGCGCUUCAUUUUCUUGAUGAACAACGGGCGGUACAUCAUGCAGAAGGUGAAGGGGUCCACUGAGAUCCACCAACUGAUGGGCGACACGUGGUGCCGAAAGCGGUCAACGGACCUGAGGGGUUACCACAAGAACUACCAGAGGGAGACGUGGGGGAAGGUGUUGCAGUGCGUGAACCAUGAGGGUUUGCAGGUGAGCGGGAAGGUGUCGAAGACGGUGAUCAAGGAGAGGUUUAAGUGCUUCAACACGUUGUUCGACGAGAUACACAAGACACAGAGCACGUGGGUUGUGAGCGACGAGCAGCUGCAGUCGGAGCUUAGGGUUUCGGUUUCGGCGGUGGUGAUCCCAGCGUACCGGUCCUUCUGGGGGAGGUUCAGGCAGUACUUGGAGGGGACGAAGCAGGCGGAGAAGUAUAUAAAGUACCAACCGGAGGAUAUUGAGAAUUUGAUUGAUGACUUGUUUGAUGGGAACAAUACUUCAAUGAUGAGGAGGAGGACGUGA